CCCUCUUUAAAGCUGCAUCCCUUGCCUGGCCUCGCCGCCGCGGUGACUCCUCCGAUCCACUCCACUCCACUCCGGCCAAUUCCCUGGUAGACAGCCGGCAGCUAGAUCAGGGAGAAUCAGAGGCACGAAAUCGAGGCAAGAUGGGUCGCGGCAAGGUGCAGCUGAAGCGGAUAGAGAACAAGAUAAACCGUCAGGUGACCUUCUCCAAGCGCCGCAACGGGCUACUCAAGAAGGCGCACGAGAUCUCCGUCCUCUGCGACGCCGAGGUCGCCGUCGUCGUCUUCUCCCCGAAAGGGAAGCUCUAUGAGUACGCCACUGACUCCAGCAUGGACAAAAUUCUUGAACGUUAUGAACGCUACUCUUAUGCUGAAAAGGCUUUGAUUUCAGCUGAAUCUGAAAGUGAGGGAAAUUGGUGCCAUGAAUACAGGAAACUGAAGGCGAAGAUUGAGACUAUACAAAAAUGUCACAAGCACCUCAUGGGGGAGGAUCUGGAGUGUCUAAACCUGAAAGAGCUCCAACAACUAGAGCAGCAGCUGGAGAGUUCAUUGAAGCACAUCAGAUCGAGAAAGAGCCACCUUAUGAUGGAGUCCAUUUCUGAGCUACAGAAGAAGGAGCGGUCACUCCAGGAGGAGAACAAGGCUCUACAGAAGGAACUGGUGGAGAGGCAGAAGGCGGCCAGGCAGCAGCAGCAAGAGCAGUGGGACCGUCAGACCCAAACACAACAAGCCCAAAACCAACCUCAGGCCCAGACGAGCUCAUCAUCUUCCUCCUUCAUGAUGAGGGAUCAGCAGGCCCAUGCUCAACAAAACAUCUGUUACCCGCCGGUGACAAUGGGUGGAGAGGCUGUGGCCGCGGCGCCAGGGCAGCAGGGGCAGCUUCGCAUCGGAGGCCUGCCACCAUGGAUGCUGAGCCACCUCAACGCUUGAGGAAGAAAGAGGGUCAAUUGCCAAAGCAGCUGCAGCUGCAUUAAUCAUAGAAUCUACCAAUUAAGCUGCUAUGGUUAUGUUUGCUUGCCCCCUACCCUUAUAUGUAUAUGAUUUGCAAGAAAAGAGCAGAUCGUUGAGGAAUGCUGGUGUACGUACCUACGUAGCUGUAUAAUUUUGUUGCAUGUUUAGCACAAGUACCGAUUGACGCAACAUGCAUGCUUAGUAACCAACCAGUUACCUUACCA